AUGGAAUUUCGGUAUCGAUUAAAAAAAAAACCAACGCUGGAUAAAGAUAUUAAUCAAACACAACCAUUUAUUAAAAAGAAAUCCGCAAUUAACACCGAUAGUCUUUCGUCAUCACUCGAAUCUGGAAAAGAAAUAAUAAAUAAUAAUUCAUCAUCAUCAUUAAUAAUGCCACCCAUAUCUAAACGAAGCGAUUGGAGAAAAGAUAAAUCUAAUAUAAGUCUUUUAUUAUUUCUAUAUUUAUUACAAGGUAUUCCACUUGGUAUGGCUGCAUCAAUACCUUUAAUUAUUCAAACAUAUGGUACGAGUUGGUCUCAACAAGCAACAUUUUCAUUUGCUUUUUGGCCAUUUAGUCUUAAACUUCUUUGGGCACCAAUUGUUGAUGCAUUAUAUAUAAAACGAUAUGGUCGAAGAAAAACAUGGCUUAUACCAGUACAAUAUUUAAUUGGAUUAGUAAUGAUUAUACUUUCAUAUCAUAUUAGUGAUAUAUUAUUGACAACACAAACAUCAACAAAUAAUCAAUCACAUAUUUAUUUUCUUACAUCAAUUUUUUUUGGUUUAUCAUUUCUUGCUGCUACACAAGAUAUUUGUGUCGAUGGUUGGGCACUUUCAAUGCUUUCAAGAGAAAAUGUUGGUUGGGCAAGUACAUGUAAUUCUGUUGGUCAAACAGCUGGAUAUUUUUUGGGUAAUGUCGUUUUUCUUGCAUUUGAAUCAAAAGAUUUUACAAAUCGUUAUAUACGACAACCAUUAAAUAUGGAAUUACAAUCAAAUGGAUUAAUUACAUUACCUGGUUUUCUUUUAUUCUGGGGUAUCAUUUUUAUAAUAUCAACAACAUUAGUUGCUUUAAUAAAACAUGAAAUUGAUGAAAAUUAUGAUUCACAUGAACCUCAUUUUGGUCUUACUGAAACAUAUAAAGUUCUUUUAAAAAUUUUUCGUUUAUCAUCCGUUCGAUCUAUUGCAUUGAUUUUAUUAACAGCUAAAAUAGGUUUUGCUGCAACAGAUGCAAUGACUGGAUUAGAAUUAAUUGAACGUGGUGUUGCAAGAGAUUCAUUAGCUUUAUUAGCAAUACCAUUAGUACCAUUACAAAUUAUUUUACCAUUUGUUAUAUCAAAAUAUACAACUGGAACAAGACCAUUAAAUAUUUAUAUUAAAUCAUAUCCAUUUCGAUUAAUUUUAGGUGUAAUCAUGGCUAUAUUUGUUUAUUAUACACCAAUAUUUCAAAAUUAUAAUAAAACAUUUCCUUGGUAUUAUUAUACAUUAGCUAUUAUUAUUUAUGUUAGUGAUCCUAAAAUUGGUGGAACAUAUAUGACAUUACUUAAUACAUUAUCAAAUCUUGGUAGUAAUUGGAUUUCAACAACUGUUUUAUAUGCAGCUGAUUAUUUAACAUGGAAAACAUGUUCAUUAGGUGGUAGUCAAUGUGAAACAACGAUUGAAGAAAAAAAUUGUCAUAUGUUAGGAGGUGUUUGUCGUCUAUCAAUAGAUCCAUAUUAUAUUGAAGUAACUAUAUGUACUAUAGCGGGUAUUAUUUGGCUUCUAUGGAAAUAUCAAACAAUAGUACGUUUACAAUAUUUACCGAUUAGUGCAUGGCAAGUACGAAGUAAUCGUCGAAAAAGUCAAUUAUUAGAAGAGGGUGAUGAAUCAUCAUUAGUAACUAGUGCAUAA